GUUAGGGCACGCCACCGGAUGAUAAGGCGAAUGUCAGAAUUAGGCCGGCACUUCCGGUACAUUCCGCCCUAACAGUUUGUGCGGCAUACGCAUGCGCAUAACAAUAAUCCAAGAUGGCGGUCACCAAAACGAAAUGAAGACGGAACUAGGAUUUCAAGUUGUCUCUGACUGACAUGGGAUCACGGUUAAGAACGAAUCCCGACAAGAUUUUGGAAUGUUUCCUCGAAGUUCUUCCUGCUUCGACUGAUUCUAAUGAAGGAGCAUCAAUCAAGUUUAUCCAGCCUCUGGAUUUUGAGGAUAAGGAAGCCUUGAAGGCAAUUCCAGGAUUUUGUUUCCCAUGCAUUUCUAAGACGGAAGGAGUGCAGAACUACACAUUUGUAUUGACAGAUAUCCAAGGACAGUAUAGAUUUGGUUUUUGUAGAUAUUCCCCAAAUGUCAAAAGCUGUCUUUGUAUACUCAGUUAUCUCCCAUGGUUUGAAAUAUUCUAUGAUCUUCUCAACAAAAUCUCAGACCUGAUCAGAUCAUCAACAGAUGAGCAUAAUACCCAGGUGGUCUCUUUAUUGAAUGCUUUUGUAAAGGAGCCACUGCCCAAACCAGGAACACCAUUCACAAUAACCGCCCCUGGGACAACAAAGCAAUAUACCUACACUUCACCUGAUCCAAUGAAGCUGCCAACUAUACCUGCAAAUCGCAAUCUGACAGACUACUAUGCAGCUGUGGAGCCACAAAACAUGAUUACUAUGUUUAUAAGCAUGUUUUUUGAAAGACGAAUCAUUAUUACCUCAAAAAAAUUGAAUGUGUUGACAGCUUGUUGCUAUGGUGCGAUGUCACUUUUGUAUCCCAUGCACUGGCAACAUAUGUUUGUGCCAAUUGUUCCACCUCACCUUUUAGACUACUGUUGUGCUCCUAUGCCGUUCCUAGUAGGGGUUCACUCUUCCUUAAUGGCGCAAGUGCGCCGCAUGCCUCUGGAUGAGGUUGUUAUACUUGAUGCUGAUACCAACCUGCUUGAGUGCCCCUUUGAUGAUGCUGCCGUCCUCCCACAAGAUGUGACUCACCACAUGAAGAGUGCACUGAAGAAAACUGUGAUUCCAAUUGAUGACUAUGUCUCCAAGGUUUUUCUUAGUGCAAUGGUAUCACUGGUCGGAGGUUACCGGGAUGCUUUGCGCUUCCACUUGGGGCAACAAAUAGUUUUCGACAGGGAAGCUUUUGUGAUGUCACGGUCCACCAGCAUGCGUCCUCUCUUAGAGCAGAUUUUACAGUUACAGACGUUUGAACAAUUCAUCACAGAAAGACUAGACCUCUUGAACUCUGGCAAAGGGUUCAAUGAUGUUUUUGAAGAGCAAAUUGGACUUCAGGCUGAGAAUCACAACCAGAUGAAAAAUCAAUAUCAGAAAUGGCUAAAAGAAAUGAAGCGUUCAAGUGGUGCAUUCUUUGGAAAGGCGGGUAAAACAGCCAAAAAAGGUUACAAAGAAACGAAAAAAGAACUGAAAGCCAACUUUACAUUCAUCAAGGACAACCUGGCCGAAGCCAGAAGCAACAUCCGAGAUAAACUGAAAGGAAAGGAGGACGAUGAAGAAAUUGGAAGUGAGAUUAAGAAAUCUAAUUCACUGCCGCACAUCAAACACUACACGCUGGGUAGCAAGAUCUCCCCUGUAGGCCGGCGUAGGGCCAUCUCCCCAGGACAGUCUCGCAAGGCAAAAAGUUUCAAGGUCAAUUUAACAGAUGUCAAAAGUGUUCCCCGGCGGCCCCCUCCACCGCGCCCCAAUCCUUACCAGACAGCGGCACGACCACGGACAUGCGCAAUGUCCAUUGAAAUAGAGGAGUCCGGGAGUCUUGGUGAGGUGCCUCAUCUAGAGGCAAGACACAGUGCUCCUAAUCUCCUACUUGACCUCGAGGUCGCUAAAGAGGUUGAAAAGACCAUCGCUGCCUCGUCUGAACUGAGCUUAAAUGAUUCAUCUAAACAUCCCCUGGUAGACCUCUCCGAGACUUCUCUCCGGAGUGACGACACGUUACUUGACGCUACCUCGCGUGAACCCGAAAACGAGGCCAAACCGCCUCCGCCGAAACCAAAGCCAAAGCACGAAAAGCCGGCAGAGGAUGAAAAAGGUGAAUUGAAAACUACCCCACCACGGCCAGUACCUCCUAGGCGUGACUCAAACUCGAAAAAACCUCGACCCGAUGUUCCUCCGAGGCCAUCACUCGGAUCACGACUGUCCUCCGAGGGUAGCUCGUCCGAGCUCAAAUCUGCAAAUCGUGAUUUAGCGACGCCGAAUUUCUGUGGUGAUAAACCUGUUAACUGUUCAGAGGGGAGUUUAGUUGUGACGGCCGAUGACGUCGUGUCUCACGCAAACUCGCCAGUAGUGCCAUUUCAACUGACUCCCUUGAGACCUGUAUCUUUAGACUUGUACAAAGACACAAUGGACUCGCUUCCAAUAGAAGUGCGAGAGUUCCUAACCGAAAAACAAAAUGCCGACGGGACAGGACUAGAAUCUAUGCCGAUAACUUGCGAACUGCCGGAAAAAUUAGCCGACAAGUUAACGAACGCUUUACCUCCUAGAUUACACAAAAGUACUAACGCAGUACCAGACAACAGUGGUAAUCUAGUGAAUGUAAAUAAUCCAUUUGAUGCAUUGGAAAUAGAGAGUCGGGCCACACUUCGAGAGGAUCCGGCUGUUCGUAGCACGGCAGGCUCAGGGUGGGUUAGUUUUAAUUAGAAAUUAUUAGAAUAAUAUAACAUUUAGAGAGAAUUAGAAGGCAGGCUUUCUGACGCAAAUAAUUGAUGGUAUAUUUCGAAUGACGUUUUUGCAGCGACGCGAGUGACUGUUGCGUGUGGUCAUGUCCAGAUUGCGCCGGAAAAAAGCGGGGUGCUUCUAAAAUGACCAAAAGCUGCUGAAAGAGCUGCUAGAUUUUUUACAUAGAAAAUAUCCGCGUUUUUUCUUCACAAUUUAUUCAUCCUUUUUGUUCCGAAGGGCGGAAAAUAUCAUUUUGAGUCUCUACUUUUCCUAGUGUUCUGAAAUGCACUGUCGUGACAAUCAUAUUUCCGGCUCGGCAAAGUGCAAAGAAAAUAAAUGCUGUGGACACAUGAGGAGAAUUAAAAUGAAGUGAAUGAAUAGAAGUUGUUUGUGGCUCUAUUUUUGCACGUUCUAAAUUGGGUCCUUUAGCACCUUUGUCGCUUUUCCCGACAAUUGAAAAUUGUGCAAAAAGAUGCUGAAAUGCCACGAUACUCUAAAUCCGAAAAUAUGCUCAGCGCAAUCUUGGCAUGUCUAGGAACGAGGAAUACAAAUUCCUAGUAAGUACGCAGCUGCUUUGUCUCCUAUUAUCUUUGUUCUUUUGUCUCUAUUCUUUUCGUUCUUUGUGUCGAGGUGCGGAUAUUGUUCAUUUGCCCAAUCAAAUUGCAGCUUGUAAGAGCUGCGUACUGACUCCGAAUUCGCACUCUUCAAAUCUAAAUCUAAAUUUAAAGUAGAAUUGGGGUGAGCACUGAUACAUGCGGCAUUCAAGUGUAAGCACAAGUUCACACACAUGCUAGAAUACUUGUGUCAUGUGCCAGCAAGCACGAGGCACGUGUGCAUUCCCUUAAGUACCGUGUUCACACACAUGCUAGAAUACUUGUGUCAUGUGCCAGCAAGCACGAGGCACGUGUGCAUUCCCUUAAGUACCGUGUUCACACACAUGCUAGAAUACUUGUGUCAUGUGCUAGCAAGAACGAGGCACGUGUGCAUUCCCUUAAGUACCGUGUUCACACACAUGCUAGAAUACUUGUGUCAUGUGCUAGCAAGAACGAGGCACGUGUGCAUUCCCUUAAGUACCGUGUUCACACACAUGCUAGAAUACUUGUGUCAUGUGCCAGCAAGAACGAGGCACGUGUGCAUUCCCUUAAGUACCGUGUUCACACACAUGCUAGAAUACUUGUGUCAUGUGCUAGCAAGAACGAGGCACGUGUGCAUUCCCUUAAGUACCGUGUUCACACACAUGCUAGAAUACUUGUGUCAUGUGCUAGCAAGAACGAGGCACGAGUGCAUUUCCCUAAGUAACGUGCUCAAACACGCUAAUACUUGUGUCACGUGACAGCAAGCACAUGUCCAUGUCCCCAAUGAUCACACAUAAUAAAAGACUAUUGUCACGUGACUGCAGGCACAUCACGUGUUCAUGUCAAACUUACGUCUCGUGACAGCGAGCAUGCAUCACGUGUUCAUGUCGGUCAGGAAAUUGAACUCCUUUCGACGGAAACACUCGGCUGUUCAUUUGUUUGUCAAAAGUUGCACACAUUUUGAUUAAUUCAAAUAUGGAUUUAUCUAUUAUAUCAUCUUUUAUAAAUUAUGAAAAGGCU